AUGGGUUCAUAAUGUUGUUAAGGAUAACCCAAAUCUCUUAACUACGAGAUCGUCAAUGACAGCAUCAAGAACAGUUCUUUGUUCAAACAAUCAAUACACAGUCAUCCAUUCACUAAUCAAAUGCCUUGCAAUAACGAUGAAAUAUUAGAGUUGAAAAAAGAAAAUGAAAUGGGACUACCUCCCAUCAGCGAAAAUGUCAGUCAAGUCAUCGAAGUCGAAAAGGAGAAACUGCAAUAGGAUUUAUCAUAAGUAACUGUAGCUCAAGAUCCAAAAUCUUCCAAUAAUGCAGCUAAUACAUCCGAUCAAUAAACUAAGGAAGGCUAUAUUGGUCGGUCUCAAUCCACUCCUUUUAAGAGGAAAACUCUCACCUCAAUCGGCACAGUCAAAUUGGGAGCGGAUGUGUUUGUAAGUUUAAAAUAGGGGAGCAUUGGUAAAUUUUAUUCAACUGGGUCGACAUUGGGAGCUGGAGCCUAUGGAAAAGUGUGGAAAGUUACUCAUAAAACCACCGGUAUACACUCAAAAUCAUUCUUAAAUAGGGUUGAUUAGAGCCAUGAAACAAAUCAAAAAGUCUUCACUAAUUCAAGAAGAAUAAUAGAGAUUGUUUGCUGAAAUGAAUAUACUCAAGAACUUAGAUCAUCCUCAUAUAGUGAAACUCUAUGAACUGUAUUAAGAUGAACAGAAUUACUAUCUAAUUACUGAGUAUUUGAGUGGAGGCGAACUCUUUGAGAGAAUCAAGGCCAUGACCAUCUUCAAUGAAAAGAAGGCAGCCGAAUACAUGAGACAGAUUCUCUCUGCUGUGAUGUAUUGUCACGAAUAGAAGAUUGUACAUAGAGAUUUAAAACCAGAAAACAUAUUGUUUGUUAAUGACUCCUCAACCUCACCCUUGAAGAUUAUCGACUUUGGAACCUCCAGGAAAUACGAUCCUUCUAAAAAGAUGACCAAAAAACUUGGGACAGUAAGAAUAUAUUUCAUAACCUUACAACUUAGCCUUAUUACAUUGCCCCAGAAGUAUUGAAGUAAGACUACAAUGAAAAAUGCGACAUCUGGUCAUGUGGAGUAAUUCUGUACAUUUUGUUAUGUGGAUAUCCCCCAUUUAUUGGAAAAACCGAAAAGGAAAUAAUGAGAAAGGUAGGAGAAGGAAAAUUUGAAUUUGAUGGUAAUUUUUUCAUUUCUUAUUAUAAGUGCAGCUGACGAUUGGAAUUAAAUAUCGAAAGAAGCCAAGAACCUAAUCAAUAGGAUGUUACAUGUAAAUCCCAAUUUCAGGAUAUCAGCCAAAUAGGCUCUAAAUGAUUCCUGGAUUGUAAAGCAUUGUUCAUAAACUAUUACCAACCCCAGUGUCAAUUUGAGAGUUCUGCAGAAUCUCUAAAAGUUUUAAGUAUCCUUACACCUUUAUUAGGCCAAAUCCAUUUUCUCCUAGGCUGUCCUAUCCUACAUUGCAUUUUAAAUGACAAAUCAAUUAGAACAGGAUGAGUUACUCAAAACAUUCCAAAGUCUCGAUAAGAAUAAUGAUGGAAUAUUAUCAAGGGAAGAAUUGAUAGAAGGAUACAAUACAAUCUAUUAAGACAAGGAAAAGGCAGAACAAGAAGUUAUCAAAAUUUUGUAAUUGAUAGAUUUGAAUUAAAGUGGUUAAGUGGAUUUUUCAGGUUUUUUAGAUUCAUUUACAUUUAGAAUUUUUGAUGGCAGCUAUGAAUUAGGAGAAAUUGGUAUCUUUAUAAAAAGUCAAGGCUGCAUUCAAAGUGUUUGAUGCAAAUGAUGAUGGCAAGAUCUCUAAAUAGGAAUUAGAAUAAAUGAUUGGGACUCUAGAUUAAGAUUUAUGGGAACAAAUUCUUGAGGAAUGUGAUGCUAAAGAGUUCAUAACAGAAAAAGAAUUUAUUAAUAUCUUACUUCAUUAAAAAAUUUGA